AUGGAAUGCGUAUAUUUCAUUGUUCGUUUGAUGGGGUCGGCCAUUAGUGCCUUUUCCUCUCUGUUGUCGCGUGCUUAUCAGGGUGCUGCCUCUUCAUCUCCUCAAGGAGCAUUUCCAAUCCACGCCGAUCCAUCGUUCCUCCUAACGAACCUUCGCGGGAGCGUUUGCAAACUCUUCUUGUCCUACUACAGAGAGUCAGAUACCACUCCUCUUGCUUACCGUUCUAGGAAUGGCUAUACUACUGAUUUGUGUGUUCUCUCUUGGAAUAUGGCCUCCGAAAGCUCAUUUGCUUAUCAUUUGAUGGCUCUUGAAUUUUCUCGAUCUGCCUUUAGUGCUGCUGAUCGGCAAUUGGUCGGCAGGCAGAGUGCGUUUGCCAUUCGUGUUGAAGCUUGCGAAAGCGACAUCAUGGGUAUUUUUUCUUUUAUCUCUCAACACAAGUCCAAGUCUCUUGGAAAUGAAUUCGAUGCUCAAACCCGUCAAGUCAUUUCUUUACGAGAUCAGCUAAAGCAACAAAAUUCUGAGAAGGCCUUGGUUGCCAAAUUAAAGGAGGCUCAAGCUGAAACUGCUAGCAACAAGACCAAGCUGGUAGACCUUCACCUUCAAUUUGACACUUUCAUGGCCGAUCAUGAGAAGCGCUUCGCUCAAGCUCGGAAGGAUGCCAUCUUACUAUAA